GUUUCGAGAAGCCCUGGGGAGGAAUGAGGGGUGGGCGGAGUCAGCCGGGACCAGCAACAGGUCCUGGUCCAGACAGGAUCGAUACUCGGAAGCUGGAGCAUGCGCACAUUGCAUUGCAAACAACAUGCGCUCUCUGAUACUGCUCUUCUUGUCAUUAUUCGCUCCAAAAGGCGAAUGCGACCUUCUUCGAGACAGUGUCCACGUGACAUCAGCAGCAGCCAGGCCCAACAAUGAGCUGUGGUGCUACAAGUGCCUCGCCGAGCUGCCCGAUGACCGCUGUGCUGAUCUGCGGCAUAAUAAUUCCGCGCUCAUACAUAAGUGCCAUAAUGAUCGGCGUAUGUGCAUGGUAAAACGAUUCUCCUUUACAACAUCAACGGAGAAUUCCACGACGCUGCCAAAAAUGUGGGCGUUGGAACGCAACUGUACCAAGCAUUGCGAGCCAGGGUGCAUCGUCAUCGGCGAACGCACCAAACUCUAUGCCUGCACGUCUUGCUGCACCACUUCACUCUGCAACUACGGCUCAGGAGCUGAAGAAACCGUAUUCGAUAUAUUCACUGUAGCAAUAGCCCUUCUCUUAACAUCAUUAUGAUUCAACUAAACGGCUUAGUUAAGUUACGUCAUCCGAACCAAAGACAAUGACGGGAGUUGUAGGAAAAUUAUAUCAGCAUAUCGAUCUACUUAACUGAAAUUUUCAAAUAAUUUAACAAGAUUAGUACGCCUACGUGAUGCUAACAGCGAAAAUACGGAUGUUUUUGCACUAAGUGAGACCGUCAUUCAUAGUUAAGCAAUGUUACCAAUGAGAGGAGAAUCAACAACGUUUUUGUUAAGUAAUCUUUGGACUGGAUGUGAUAUGAAUGAUGUCAUGGUACCACCUAACUUAUUACGAAUUUGAAAAGGAACCAAAUAAGAAAGGCUUUGAUCAUAGAUUAUAUAUGGAUUAACUCUACAUUCAAAAAUCAAUUAAUAUAGUUACCUACCUAACGUUCUUGUGCUUUUUAACAGAGACUAGAUACUUAUACUAAGUACCUACAAACUUAUUAUAUUAAAACUGUAGCUAGGUAGAUAGAUAAAGCUUUUCAGGAUAUCCAAAUAUGUUCCUUGCUAUUUUCUCAUCCAUUUUAUUAUAAAGUAGAUAGAAAACUUAUUGUUACACUGAAAAUAGUAAUGCAAUAUUUUCAGUUAUGUAAAUAAGCAAGUUAUAAUAUUGAGAGAUUAUCCUUGUAUUUAAAAUCAGCUUAUAGAAUGUUCAGCAAAAAUAUUCGAAUAAAAAAUAUAAGUAGAUAAAUCGAAAAUCUUUAUCAGGAUAAAAAAAAAUAUUAAGAAGAUUAUAGAGAUGUUACAAAAAGCAACAUCUUAUAAGUAAGUACCUAUGGUAGAUAAAUAAAGCGCUUUUAGGUACCUAUAUAAUUAGUUUUUAGUAUUUUAAGUCUACUUUUAAUGCCAAAAAACAUGCUGAUAUUAGACGUUUUACAACAAUAAAAAGUUUCUUUUGUUUA